AUGCCCAAGGUCGCCUUCGACAAGCUCAACCUCAUGCAUCUGACACCAACACUAAUGCACCUCCAGCUAGCGGAUUCUUCUGUCCGCUAUCCAGAGGGGAUCACUGAAGAUGUUCCAGUCAGAGUGCGAGACUACUUCAUCCCGGUUGACUUCUUAGUGCUCGACAUGGAAAUAUCAAAGGAAACUCCGCUCAUACUUGGGCGGCCAUUCUUGAGUACUGCCGGAGCUCAUAUUGACGUGGGAGCUGGAGAAAUCCUCUUCAACAUCAAUGGGAAGGAGGAAAGAUUCCCGUUCUGGCCUAAGAAGGAACAAUGUUCAAUGAUCAAAAACAAGUCUGGGCCGAACGUACAAGAAGAAGCCGAAGAAUCUUCUCCCAAGAAAGUACCUACGACCACCCACUCCAAGAGAAGACAAUCAAAGAAGGUGUGGUGUAAGGUUGAGAGUUCGUCCUCAUCUAUUUCUCCAUGA